AUUUCUAAGUUAUCUAAGUUAUUUAAAAAAAACUCCCAGCACCACUUUCUAGGAGGGAGCACGCUAAGAUGGCGAUGGUAACGCGGCAGCGACGGCCGCCGCCGCCGACGGAUCCAUCAGCAUCGACAUCGUACUCGAAGCUGGACAAGCCAGAGAAGUCGGAUGGGAAGGAUGUAGCGGAUAAAGGGAUUGGUUGGUUUGCGCCGUUGGUGUGCCUAGGGCUGCUGAGGUACAUGAGCGCUACGACGAACAUCAUACACGAUUGCGAUGAGACGUUCAAUUACUGGGAGCCUCUUCACUACUUACUCUACAAGUCUGGCUUCCAAACAUGGGAAUACAGUUCGCAGUUUGCAUUAAGGUCGUAUCUCUACAUUCUUUUUCACUAUAUAGUAGGUCUACCGGCUUCCUGGUGGUUCGGCGAGGAGAAAGUAAGUGUAUUUUACACUGUAAGAAUCUUUCUUGGCCUUUUAUCUGUCAUCACAGAGGCUGCUCUUGUUGUGGCCCUUUCCCGGAAGUAUGGAAAACGUCUGGCUUCAUAUACACUUGCCAUGCUAUGCUUAACCAGCGGUUGCUUCUUUGCUAGCACAAGUUUCCUUCCUAGUUCAUUCUCUAUGUAUGCCAUGUCCCUUUCAUCAGCAUUAUUUCUUUUUGAAAAGCCUGCAAUGAGUGUUGCUGUGGCAGCCACUGGAGUUAUUCUCGGCUGGCCUUUUUCAAUUUUAGCAUUUCUGCCAAUCACAAUAUACUCGUUGAUUGUAAGAUUCAGACAAGCUUUUCUUAGUGGGAUUAUCACUUCUAUUGUCGUUAUGGCUCUCUCGGUAAUUGUUGACCAAUUUUACUACAAAACGUGGACGUCAUCUGUAGUGAAUUUAUUGCUCUACAAUGUCCUCGGGGGUGGUGAAAGUCAUCUGUACGGAACUGAAGGGCCAUUAUUUUACCUGAAAAAUUGUUUUAAUAAUUUCAACAUUGGCUUUGUUCUUGCUCUAAUAUUCAUUGGCAUAUUUCCCUUUGCUAAAAAGAAGUAUAACCUUGAGUUGCUGGUUGUCGUUUCGCCUGUAUAUAUCUGGCUUGCUUUCAUGUCUUUACAGCCACACAAAGAAGAAAGGUUCUUAUACCCAAUUUAUCCACUUAUUUGCAUUGCCGCUUCAGCUGUAAUUGAGUGCUUUCCUGACUUAUUUCACGAUAAGUAUAAUCCUUAUGACCCUAAUGUGCUUGUUGCGGUCGCAAAGUUUCUCAGACCUGUGGCUCUUGGCCUUAUUUUAUGUGCCUCCCAUGCUAGGACAUUCUCUCUGAUAAAUGGUUAUUCUGCUCCUUUAGAGAUUUACAAACAUUUAGAUUAUCAUGAUGAUGUUGGAGCAGGGGCAACCCUUUGUGUUGGAAGUGAGUGGCAUUGCUUCCCGACAUCCUUUUUGGUUCCGAGUUAUGUAGGUAAUGUUCGAUGGUUGGAUGAUGGGUUCAAGGGCCUCCUUCCAUUCCCAUUUAAUUCUAGUUUGGGCGGGACCUCUGCAGCACCAUCCUAUUUUAACAAUAAGAACAAGGCCUCGGAUGACCAAUAUCUCACUAACCUUGAAGAGUGUACCUUCCUAAUAGAGUUGCAGUUGCAAAGGCCUUAUUUGACUCGAGGAAGCAAUUCUACAAAAUGGGAGGUUGUUGCGGCAUUUCCUUAUUUGGACCGGGAGCUAUCGCCACCUUUGUACCGAUCAUUCUUUGUUCCAUAUCGUUGGCAGCAGAGGAAUAUCUUCGGCCUAUACAAGUUACUCAGAAGAAUAGGAAAAUGAAAGUGUGGAUGAACAAGCUGUGCAAUAUAUUGACAGAGAUCAGAGGCCUGCUACUUGACUUAAAUUAAAUUGCUAUUCUAAAUUUCUAAUAGCCACUUUUAUUUACUGUGUUUUUUUAACAUUGCACCUGAUUUGUAGUAUGUUUUGUGUGCUACUACGUACUUUUUAUUAUUUAACUGAGUAGUCGAUUGGUGCUUUUCCAUCAGUUCCAGAGUUGAAGAAACCUUCCCACCCCUAAACUUUAGUGAUAUACCCCUCACCAAAAGGGAUUAAUGGUACAUUUUGAUCCCAGUUUUGAUUUGUUAAAAGGGGUGAAACGGUCUGGGACAUGAUGUCCUAUGAUGUCCCAUU